CUAAUUGUGAGUGUCAGUUGAGUAGGCGAGUUUGUGUCAGUGCCACGAGGGACGUCUCCUUAAUGGGUCUGGGCACAAUUUCCUAUCAGCGAAAAUUUCCGGAAACCUGUGACUAGGAUGCCUUUAUAUCUUCACUUCUGGACCUUUUUAGUUUUCAGUUUGACAAAAGCUGUUUUGUGUUCAGCCAAAUGUCCAGACACUACAAAAAUGAUCAUAGCCGAGGGAAGUGACGUCACAAUGCCAAUUAAUAAAGACUCAGUUAAAGAGGUUAUUUGGGUGUUUAAACACCGUUACAUUGCUAAAACCUGGGCAAAUCGUAUUUCUGAAAUCAGUGAUCCUGCCUAUAAAGGAAGAAUGGACAUUAAGCCCGGGCUUUCCAUCAUGAUUAAGAAUGUAACAGAGGAAGAUGAAGGACUUUACACUGCAAAUGUACUCAGGGAAAAUACUGAAGACUAUGAACAACUGUGUUAUGAACUCAAAGUAUACGAAAAAUUAUCAGCCAAAGACCUACAGAUCCAUCACCGUAUCACUGACAGUAAAAACUGCCACCUCAAUCUGUCAUGUACAGUAAAUAUAGCUGAUGUGACAGUGAGUUGGAAUAGCAUUGGCAGAGGGGAUACCAAUGUGGCCAACAUUACUUUCCUUGGAAACAGCCCUGAUACAGACUCCAGCUACACCUGUAUUGCAGCAAAUCCAGCCAGCAGUGUCUCUCGUACCAUCAUUCCAAGGCUCGUCUGUGCAGAAGGUAGGUCUUUUCAUAUAAAGGGAUAUAUUGUACAAGUCACAUGGGCACAUAUGCUGGGCCCCUUUAGUUAUCUAUGGAGGAUUUACACCCAUGGUAUUGGAAGUGCAAGCUGUUAGAUUUGAUACUUCUAAACAAUCAUAUAUUGUUAUUUACACUAAAGGAACCUCUAAUAUCAGAGAGGGCACUUUCCUUGAAUUUUUUAGAUGAACUAGGUUUCUUUUUAUUUAAAUAGUACUUUUUCAUAGACUUUCUCACCAUUGUAUCUACUGGGUGAGGGGAGAUUUUCUAGCAACUAAAAGUGGCCAUACACGGGCAAAUUAAAGCUGCUGAUUCGGGUCCUUUAGACCAAUUCAGCAGCUUAUGGGGCUCUCCGACAGGCAUCCUAGACUGAUAUCUGGCCAAAAAUCAUCCAGAUCUCUAUCAGACAGGUUUGUUUUUCCCACCUGAUUGAGGACAGCAUUGGCUAGUUGAGGUCUUUGUCUCGUUGGCUGGUAUGCCCAUGAUUGUAUGGCAAAACCAAAAGGCAGGCGAUAUCGGGGGAAGUUUUGGCUCAUUUGACGAUCUUGUCAAACAAGCAGAUCUUAUAGGGAAUAGCCACCUUUAGGGGAUACAGGUAACGCAACCAUGAGUUACACUCCCUUCCAAGAGGCUAUUAUCCUUACUGCUACUAGAGGCACUGUCCCUAUUAUACCUGCUUCUACUAAUAUAAAAAAAACCUUCUAUUUUCAGCCUUUUAAAACAUUGAAAAGAAAAAACUGUUCCCAAACACCUUUAAAGAUAUUACUUAAUGAGUAACUGUAUUAUUCUUUCCUCCUUACAGAGAUGAAUCCUAAUUCAGGGGUAAGACACAAGAACCAGCACACUGGACUUAUUCCAGUCAUAGCUAUUCUUCUUACUCUUGUUCUCUUCUUGGAGGUUUAAUGUUUUCCCUGCCUUUUAGGAAUGUCUAUAGGGGUGACCUAUGGAACCAUAGCAAAGGAGGUAAACCCAUUGGACCAGGUAUGUAGUGGGUUGUUGCUACUUCCCUAAUGUAUAAACGGGGCAGUAAUACUUAUAUUGGUGUUUGGAUUAAUAUAGCAGGUGGAAAUUCUGAAGAGACCAAAAUAAAGAGUGAAUAAGUUCACAGCCCUAUGAGCAAGAAAUCUGUAAGUGAGGAUCAGAUAGUUACAGACUAGAUCCUGUUAGAGAACACUCUAACGAUUACCUGGUAGGAGGAGCUCAAGAUGUGAGGAGCGUCUCAUGCACAACACCACAAGCACAGCAGCACCCGGAAGUGGAACAGAGCUGAAUACUGUGAGGGGAAGCAGAAGAGGGUAAACAAAACAAGCCAAGGUCUGGGGCAGGCAGCAUUCAAGCAGAGUGAGUAGACAGGCCGAGGUUGGUUCAGGCAGCGUUCAAGCAGAGUGGUCAGACAGGCCGAGGUCAGUUCAGGUAGAGUAAAAGCAGAAUGGUAGGACAGGCCGAGGUCGGUUCAGGCAGAGUUUAAGCAGAUUGGUCAGACAGGCAGAGGUUGGUUUGGGUGGAGUUCAAGCAGAUUAAUAACAAGCAGAGGUAGUAAACAGUAGAUCAAAAAUCACAAGAAGAAGUUCACACAGCUAGGAUUAUAACCAAGCACUGAGAAAAUCGUUGAGUGCCCAUUUAAAGGGAGGUUUUGGCACCAAACGUAUUGACGCUGGACAUAAUGAUGUUGGCCGUAAUGACGAUGUGCAUGCUGACGUCCGUGCUGGGACGCACAUUAACCCAAACCCUGGUAAAAACAUGCACCUUGAUGCCCAGGAUCUUGCCGGUUAGUAUUACAAUAGAAAGUUAGUCAGACAGGAAUAGGUAGUGAGAUCAGUUCUGUGUCCCAACAAAGAGAAGUAGUGUUGGGUUACUAAUCUCCAGCGAAACCCCCUAGUGUGGGGACCACAAUGGCUAGUGCUCUCAUCAAUGAAAGACAUUUACUAAGAUUUUUACAUACACUGGUGUGACAACCCUGUUGAUGAGACAAAUCUUCACUCUAAUCUCUGUCCUACCUAAAUAUUUGAGAAUACACUUCAUGGAAUCAAUCAGCAAUGGCUUAUUUAGGAAAAAGGGGUGCAUGUAACAUGGUCUAAUGGGAAGCAGCAGUGGCCAAAAGGGAAUGCUCUAGACAACCCUUUCAGAGUAUCACCUGCCUAACUGUUAAAUUAAUCUUUAGAAAAUCCUAUAGGAAUGUCCAUAGAGUCACUCUUCCCUCAGGAAUCUAGUGAGGUCAGACAAGCAACUGUCUCCCAGGAGGCAGAAAAAUAGGUCGAGAGAAGAAGGCUGUUCAGUGGUGGGAGAAUGCAAAGCUGGCAAGUUGGGGUAGUUAAAGUGAGAAGAAUUAUAUGUUUAUAACAUCAACAAACUCUCAAAUUACAAAAGAAUGGGCUGAGCUUGAGCAUGCCACCUGCCAUGUAUAGUGUGUGAAAGGUUGGGCAACAUUUUCAAGAUGCACUGAGGUCAGGUAAAGUAGUUGUGGUACAUGGCAGGUCAACAAAGAAGAAAAAAAUCUUCCAAACACUUUCAUAGGACCCCAGUAAUGCUAGUGAUAAGGAUGGGUUGCUACCACACCACAUGGGACAACACAUGAGAGAUAGCGGACGAUGGUAGACAGACCCAGAUUUAACCACCUAAAAACUCUGUUGGACAUAGGACACAAUAGAGGUGGAAAAAGCUUCACUAUACAGUGGGAUAUGCUUUCACAGAGGAUAUUCGAAUCCCCAAGCCAGUAGCAACAAUAAUAUAGAACAAACUUUGGUGGUACAGUCUUCCUAGGAGAAUAGAUAGGGACUGCAAGAUAUGGGGUGUGCAGCAACUGACUAGGUGGGUUACUCAAGUCUUGAGAAAUUAUUAUAUGCAAACACUAACCAUUUAUGCUUUUUUCUCACCACCCUCCAUAGGUUACAGAAGUGCUGGAGAUCAAAGCAAUCCAGGGUUUUACAACCGGUCGCCAUAUGGGGCCAGGAAGGAAUUUUUCCUUAUGGUGUAAAUUGGCCAGAGCACCAAAGGUUUUUGCCUUCCUCUGGAUUGUUAUCAUCUGUGCAGGUAAAAAAAAAAAAAAAAGAGUUCAGUGACCCAGCUGUGGCUCCUAGGACUCAUUGUGGCUGCCAGAGCUCAGUACAGACCAAACUUUAAAUGUAAAGGAAACUCUGAAGAAGAGGCUUGGUCGAUCUGUUAGGGUGCAUUAAAAGGAGGGUAUGUGCACUUACUAAACCUUCCAAGUAUUCAUCAUUCUCCCACAGGAUCAGAGCAAUCCAGUGGCUUGGAUGACAUCAAGAGUCAGGCUUAUAUUCAGGUUUAUAUUCAAUCACGUGUGUAUCAUCUGCCCCAUAAAUCUGUGCAUGUACACAAUGCAGACUGGGCUCCUUUUAUUUAUUAGGUGAGGUACAAAUGCUCAGAGCUAAAGUAAAAGCUGUUGGGUCACAUCAGUGUAUCCAAAAUGGCAGCUAGAGUAUUAGUCAUAUUCUGUAUCCAAAAUGUAGGGGGUUUUUGGUCAAACUUGUUCAAACUAGAGUCCACAAUAAUCCCAACUCAAUUUACAUAUAAAUUUAGGUUAGUGGUUAUUGUAGACUCACAUUGGAUAAUCCUAUCACAAUUACAGAGAAUCAACACAUCUGUGAGUUUCUUCAGAUGUCACCUCUUUGAAG